AUGUCCUCUGAGGAAGCUGUCAACAAUGAGAUGGAUCCUCAGACACAAAGCAGCCUUUUCCUCUUGCCCGUCGAGAUACGUCGGCACACGUAUUCUUUCAUCGUCGAGGAGGGUGUUCACGUGUACCUUCGUAAUGACCGCAUUUGCAUCUCGACAUGCAUAACUCCGCAGCCCAGCAACGACUACUUCUGCUUCGACCGCCAGUCAUCGGGAGACCCUCCCCGUGAUGUUUGGGCCCGUCGACUGGGUUCAUCUUGGGCCUCACAUUGGAGAUGCGAGGAAGUUGCCCUUGGUUUGGACGUGGACCGGAUUAAUAUUGCUACUGACCGCGAUCCGACAAGGGCAUUGAUGCAGUCUUGCAAGAGAAUAUAUGGCGAAGUUGCAGGCGUCAUAGUUGAAAAGUCUGUUUUACACAUCACCGAACUCGCUACCCUUGACCAGCUUUUGAAAGGAGACGACGACAAAACAUGUUUGUUUACCGACAGUAUACUGUUAAGCGCAUUUACUGGCGUGAGAAGACUUCGUCUCGCCUUCCGCCUUCCGCUGCAAGUCUACAAGAUGAUUGAGCUGCAAUGCAAGCAGCGAGAAUUCCCGACUUGCCUACACAACAAGCUACCUUCCACCAUAUGGAAGAACAUAUGGCCAGCAAUUGCUAAACUCCAGCACCUACGUUCAAUGGAAGUCUACGUCGACCAUGACUCUGAAGCAUCCUGGACAUUAGUCGAUGAAGCCACCAUACUCUCGCCUUUGCUCUCGCUCUGCCAGCAUUCCCACUUUAGCACCAUCAUUCACAUCCCGGCAGUACCGCUGCCACAGGACACGGAAGAGGACUUCGAAUCCUCGACAGAGGGCCCACUAUCUAUGCUGGACAUCAGAAGGUUCAUAAGACAAAGAUUUUUCCCUGAGCAAAGACAAGAUGGUACCCAUGGCAUAGUCUACGAAGACGACGCCAACAACAUGUUUCGCGACCCAGGCCCAUCUGCCGACGAGCUGACUCGGACUGCUGAAAUGACGAUGCACCUCUGGCUGCAUGGUGUUGAGCUUGACUAUCUUGCCAUGAGUAGGAGGCUUGGGUGGUAA